GUUUGAAAGAAGAUAUUGACGUUCGCAUUGACCCAUCUAAAGCUACUGCGCGCGCAAUCACAACCAAUCACCUCCGGCGGCUUAUGUUGAUCGGCAUGAUCUGUUUGAUUGGUGUGUCGAUCAUCCGAUUAAAAUUAGGGAAGACAAGACUGGCCUAUCAAGAACUCCACAGGGCGGGAUUUGAUAGAGGGGGCUGUGUGCGAAGUAUCAUGGAGGAUCAGUAAGAGAACUGUGGCCAUCCAAGAAAGCUGAGCUGUGGGUCCAAGCACUGGAGUUUCAGAAAAUUUGAUUGGCAUUUUUUUUACGUUAACAUAGUGUUUUAUAUUUUAUUAAUAAUGGAGAUGAAGAAGAGGAUCAGUUUAGAAUUGAGGAAUAGGACACCAGCGGAGGUGGAAGAACUGGUGGUGGAUAAUUGCCGCACCAGUGAUGGUGAAGUAGAGGGCCUGACGGAUGAUUUCAAGGAGCUGGAAUUCCUCAGCAUGGUCAACGUUGGACUCACCUCCCUGGCCAAAAUACCCUCACUACCCAAACUGCGCAAGUUGGAGCUGAGUGACAACAACAUCUCAGGUCAUUUGGAGACACUUUCAGAGAAGUGCCCCAACCUGACGUAUCUAAACCUGAGUGGCAACAAGAUCAAGGGGCUGAACAACGUUGAGGCCCUGCAAAAUCUGAAGAACCUGAAGAGCCUGGACCUGUUUAACUGUGAGAUCACCACACUGGAGGAGUACCGUGAGAGCAUCUUUGAGCUGCUGCCUCAGGUCACCUACCUGGACGGCUUCGACCAGGAGGACAACGAGGCCCCUGACUCAGAGGCAGACGACGAUGGUGAGCAUGGCUACCACAUGGUGGGGUUGGUGAUAUUUCAGCCUAACUUUCUUGAACAAAAUACUUCUUCAUUCAUAGAUGAUGAUGAGGGGGAGGACGGAGCCGGGCCCACAGGGGACUAUGAUGAUGAAGAUGAGGAUGAGGAGGGCUCGGAAGGAGGAGAGGUUGGGCUCUCCUACCUGAUGAAGGAAAAGAUCCAGGAUGAAGAAGAUGAUGACGACUACGCAGAGGAGGAGGAAGAAGAGGAGAAGGCAGGAGUCAAAGGGGAGAAGAGGAAGAGGGAUGCUGAGGACGAAGGGGAGGAGGAUGAUGAUGACGACGACUAGGCUUGUCUUUUCCCUGCGAACCUCUGGAUCCAGAUCCAAGUAGAACAAUAACCACAAAAAAAGUGUGAUCUUGCAGAUUGUUUCUCUUUGUAUACCAUAGAUAUCACUGUAGAGGCUGUUUCUUUUAUAUAUAAAUAUAUAUAUGAGAMACUAUACGAAAAGGAGAUUUUAUCGACAAAUAAUUUGUUCAUCAUUCUAAGUUAAAUUACCACUCCAAAAAUCUCGUCAAUAUGCAGGCAGGUUAAAAUAAAUGGAUGUAGGGGAGUGGGUGGGGCUGGAUUUAUGUUAUGGGCUAAUUUAAGAAGGGCUGUCGCUACAAUGACCAGCCAUCCGCACAACAGAAGUGGCCCGCGCUGUCCCUCGUUGACAUCAGUGUUCAACAAACCUCCAGUGAUGUUCCAAGACCCAUGACAGGCCCGGCAG